CCUCGGAUCGGACCGCGCAGCCAGAACCGUCUCCUGCUUAUCGGAUCAGGACGGGAUGGAGCUCCGCUGCAGAACCGCCGCCGUCCUGCUGCUCCUCCUGGUACCAGGUUGUCUCUGUGCCCACGGCCGCUUCGCCCAGAAGCUUCUGAACGACCUUUUCUCCAACUACACCAACGCUCUGCGGCCGGUGGAGGACACGGACCACAUCAUCAACGUGACCCUGCAGAUCACCCUGUCCCAGAUCAUCGACAUGGAUGAAAGGAACCAGAUCCUGAGCACCUACCUGUGGGUCCGCCAGGUGUGGAUGGAUGCCUUCCUCACCUGGAGGAAGGAGGACUACGAUGGGCUGGACACCAUCCGGAUCCCCAGCAGUUACGUGUGGAGGCCGGACAUCGUCUUGUACAACAGCGCAGACGAUGAGUUCUCCAGCUCCAUGGAGACCAACGUUGUCCUCCGUAAUGACGGACAGGUGAUGUGGGACCAACCGGCCAUCACUAAGAGCUCCUGCUCUGUGGACGUGGCCUUCUUCCCCUUCGAUGUGCAGCAGUGCCACCUGACCUUCGGCUCCUGGACUCACAACGGAAACCAGAUGGACCUUUUUAACGCCUUGGACAGCGCCGAUCUGGCCGACUUUGUCCCCAACGUGGAGUGGGAGGUUCUGGGCAUGCCAGCCAAGAAGAACGUCAUCCUGUACGGCUGCUGCUCAGACCCGUACCCAGACAUCACCUUCACGCUCCACCUGAAGAGACGCGCCUCCUUCUACAUCUUCAACCUCCUCAUCCCCUGCAUGAUGAUCUCCUUCCUUGCUCCGCUGGGCUUCUACCUUCCGGCGGACUCUGGGGAGAAGGUUUCCCUGGGUGUGACCGUGCUGCUGGCCCUCACUGUGUUCCAGCUGCUGGUGGCCGAGAGCAUGCCACCUUCUGAGAGCGUCCCGCUCAUCGGAAAGUACUACAUAGCCACCAUGACGAUGGUCACUGCAUCCACAGCUCUCACCAUCUUCAUCAUGAACAUCCACCACUGUGGUCCCGAGGCCCGCUCUGUCCCCAAAUGGGCCGAGCGCUUCAUCCUCAACUACCUGGCUAGGAUCUGCUUCGUCAACGAGGUCGGAGAGAGCUGCCUUAGAGGGGCUUCGUCCAAGAAGCAACCGCUGUCCAGGGAGGAGUCCGACAACCGGUCCUCCAGCAGAGGCAGAGGAGCGAGCUGGGAUGUUAACGGACAAGCCUGGGGAGGGAGGCUGGAGGAGGAGGGGACGGGGGAAUCUGUGAGGAUGGAGCAGGACGUGACCCAGGAGACCGUCUGGAAGGAGGAUCUGUUCAUCACCGUGGACCACUCUGAGGAGGAGGGCGCCGCUGGCAGGAGAGAGGAGGGAGAGGAGGAGUCAGCCGCUGGGAGCGAGGGAGGAAGAGGCGCCAACGUCGAGGAGAAGAAAGCUGUUGGAGGAGCCGUUGAGGAGAACCAGAGGGAGAUCUUGGUGAGAACCAGAUGUGUGUGCCAGCACCAGCGACUGCUCAAGAGCGUGGAGUACAUUGCCAACUCGUACCAGGACCAGCGAACGGCCCAGGUCCGCAUCGCAGAGUGGAGGAAGGUCGCCAAGGUGAUGGAUCGUUUCUUCAUGUGGCUCUUCUUCAUCAUGUUCUUCUUCAUGAGCUUCAUGAUCCUGGGAAAGGCCAUCUGAUGGAUCUGUGUAGAACAUCUGGACUCAGCCACCAUGACACCAUGAAGCACACAGAGACACAAAUCAUUUCAAAAGUCACUUUUCCUUCAACUAAUCGUUGUUCUGAGUUCAUCUUUCUCACCAUUGUCUUUGCUAAACAUUUUCUGCACCGAAUGAAACGUAAAGUUUUGGUUUUGUUGCUUCAUCCGUAGCUUCUUCUUUCUAAUCAAACCUUGUUGAUGAGAUUGUGGAACCCAGAAUGAGCCGAAUUUCAAAGACUCCAGUAAAUCUACAGGAAGCAAACGGAUCCCUGAACCAUGUUGAGAUGAUUAGAACAUUUCAAGCCGUUUGGUUCUGUUCUUCAUCUUGUCUGGAGGUUUUCAACUAGAACAAAUCAGAUUUUAUGAAUGUGACGAAUUACGUCUAAGUCCCUGAGAGAAAUAUUUAAAGAAAGAAAAGUAAAAUAAUCUUCAGGAAUAUUAAACAGUGAGGCCUUUGGUUUCCUUUA